AUGCGUAGUUUUUUCUCACAUGUGCGAGUGACGGCGUGUGGUGCGUUGCAGUGUGCCACGCGUUGGCACUUGACGUCGCAAGACGACGAAACUUUGAGUGAUCACACACGUUGCAUGCUGCGACGCUACGGGGCCAUGCCACUCCCCCGCAUCACUGCACUGCUCAGCGACGAGUUGCUUAACAUUUUGUCAAACGUCUCUGGUGGGUUACGUCGUUAUCUGCAAGAGCGUCCGUCACGGUUCCGCGUUGAAGUGUUGCCCUCCGGUGUCACAGUUGCCAUGCUGGCAACUGAGUUGCGGGGCGUUGGCCCCGGUUUGCCCAUUGUUGCUCAGGUUCUCGCCCACCUGGCGGCUUCCCCGCAGCAGCAGAUGACUGUGUCGCAACUAUUUUGCGCGCUUCCGGCGUUGGAGCAGCGCCGUUGCGGCAAUGAGCGGUACCUGGAGUCCUUUCUGCUGCAACACCCAUCCUUAGUGACGGUGCAGAACGGCGUCGUGAAGGCGGCACCGACGUCGUUUAUGCAACAAAAGGGCAUUUUGGCUACGCCACCACAACCCCCGUCGCUACCUUCGCCGGUGCGGGCGAUGAAUAUGCAACAACCGGUACCUGAACCACCGCUGUCAUCCAACACGGUGACGGAGGAUGCUAAGAUGAAUAAACUUAUGGCGCUUUUGCAAGGAGCCGUACCUUUUUCUUAUUAUGUGCCGCUCAGUUUUGUCAUGCGUCAUUCAAGAAGUUACAUGUGUUUUUCACCGGGCAUGCAGGUGGAAGAUAUUUUGGAGGAGUUGCGACGUGUUCCAGCGACCAUCCUGGAUUGCCGCGUCAUUGGAGACGACGCGAACGACAUUUUUCUGCGCAUGAUGGAUGCUGAGUGUAGACCCUACGUGAAUGAUGAAACAAGACUUUCCUCGAACUAUGAGGUGCUGCCGCUGGGAGCAGCCCUUAUUGAGGCCUUCCGCGCCUUCGCAGCUCAGGCCCCGGAUCAUCUGCAGCGCCUACGCUCAGGUGUUACCAUGGCGGACCUUAAAGAUAUUAUCCCAUCGGAAGUCUUGAAGCGCCUGCACCUGUACAACUCAACGCAGAAAGAUGCAGCCUGCAUCUUUGUUUUUGAUCGUCUUCGUCAUUUGUUUGAUGUUAAUAUGACGGCGUACAUGGUUCGACCGUGGGAGGUCCUCGCCGCACACGCGCAGCCAUCCAGUCUGACUUGGCAAACCACACCGAUCCCUGUGGUGCUGCGUCACAGUCUUAUGGCUCUUGAGAAAAAGCCACUCUCCCCUGAAGAGUUUUCCAAUGCGUUACCUUCGGCUUCGCGGAGGCAGCUGCAAUGUGCUUAUGCCUCUGUGUUGGACUUUGCUGCCCACCACUCGCUCUAUUUAUUUGUCAAGGGCGGUCUCAUUUGGACUCCCUACCUCGCAGCCGUGUCUCAGGGGGCCCGAGUUCCCUCGUCUGCACGCAAUGCGUCGUCGGGGCGUCACUUGACAGAGGCCCUCAAAGCUAAAAUGCUGAUGGAGUUGCUGCCGUUGGGCCAUCCGGUGGAUUGGAACCGGUUUCAGACGCAUCACUCGGUACGUGAACUGCCGUUUGAGGCGCGCCAGAUGCGACAAGACUUUUUUGAGCGGCACAAGGAAUGCUUCCGUGUUUACGAGGUGAUUGGAACCACCUCACUUAUUCUGGGCAGGCGUGACGGCACUCCGCCGCCGGCGCACCUGCUGCAGCCGCCGUGCCGCUCCCUAAGCGAUCUUCUGCGACAGAUGGCACUCUUCUCCGUCGGCGGAGCUCAGGAGGCGUCUAUUAUAAAUAAUCUGUCGAAAGAGGCACGCAUGAUGGUACGACGCUACGGAUCUCUGGAGAACAUCGCCCGUCAGUUGCCCAUGUGGUUCGAUGUGCGUAGCGAGGUGAGGGAGCAGGGAAGUGCCAUCAUAUCGUACAUCGCCACCGACACAAUGCCCCACACAUGCAGAGAACAGUUACCUGUUGAGGAUUGA